GGUCUAAGAAGUCCUCAGGAGAGCAUUCAUGACCUCAGUCCUAUUGAAAACUUUCGGAUUCCUAGUAAGGAGGAGCUCAGAGAACUACGUGAAGAGCCCAUUGAUCCUCAAGCUCAGCAAGAAAUAAUUAAUAGCAUUGAAGAAGUUUAUUUUUCAAAUGAUUCGUUUGACAUUGUGAAGUACGAGUUGGAGAGGCUUCCUCCAGUACUUAGUCUUCAAGAACUGGAAGAGUACAGAGACAAAUUAAAACAAGUAAUAGCUGCUGUAUCUAAGAAAGUUGCAGACUUGAUUCUUGAAAAACAGCCUGCCUAUGUUCAGGAACUGGAACGUGUCACAUCGUUGCAGACCGGCCUUCAGUUAGCAGCUGUUAUUUGCACCAAUGGAAGAAG